UGCAUCGAAUGAGCCUCUAUUCUCGAACUGAACUUUCUCGUCGCUCCAUUCCUUCGAUGACACUACCAGGAAUAUGUGUAACUCGUUAGUAACUCGUUAGAUCCUCGUCGUGCAAACAUCGUCUAGCUUGUUCUCGUCAGGCAGCCGCGCUCAUCGUUUGUAAAAUUGUUUGUCUCACCUAACCCACUGUAUACGCUCUUUUCUAGCUGUCUGUCACGCGUACUCUUCAACAGAGGAAAGGCAUGUGCCUGUAAGUUGUUAGAUGUACAUCUGGCGCGUGUAGCUUAGGUACGAAGUUUUUUUAACGCUGCCGCAAACGGCUUCUGCUGAAUGCUGUCGGAGUAGCGAGUCACUAGUAUCCUAGCGGAUUUGAUUGUUGCAAGGAAAAGCCGCUCAUCCUGUGUAUUCAACGUCCUCUCACUACUGGGUUUUGGAGACUGUCGUGCCAUGCGGGACAGGCACGACGUUUUUUAGUUCUCUUCUUCGCCUAAAUAUAUUCUUCACGCCAGAAAAGGGGAGACGCCACAGGAAAGGCAGGGUCUUGCCCGUCCGCCGAAGGCAACCGCUUUCGCCCUUUCGUCUUCCAAGAAAACUGGUUGGUCACGAUGGCUACAGCUGAGAGCUCCGUGACUUCGAUGCCGUCAGCGGUGAAAAUUGAGGACAUCGGCAAGAGUCGACUCUUCGUCAGCGAAAGCAUGGCUGCUCAUCCAUCGACCGGACAAAUCGAUGUCCGUCGCUUGCAGAGAACUGUAAUUCCCAUACCGUUUCGCAUCCUAGCUGGUGUUGACGAAGACGGCGAGACUGUCACAACUGACCGGGAUAUCAUUGAAAAGAAUCUGGAACUCUACUCCCUGUUGAUCGAAUACUCCCAAACAUCUCAGAACUCACCCGAGGGCGUGUACUGCAUUCCGUCAUGGGACAAUCUUCGAGUAUGGGACGGAGUGAUUCUGCUACGCCAUGGCAUCUAUCAGGGCGGAAUCUUCAAAUUCAGAAUCAAGGUUCCCCCGUCAUACCCUGCCGAUCCCCCAGGUGUCGAGUUCGUCUCUCGAGUCUUUCAUCCGCUGGUUGAUCCUGAAACCAAAACCCUUAACAUGAAGCCUCAGUUUGCGACCUGGCGCCCCGACAAAGACUACUUGCCCAUGCUUCUGUUGUAUCUGAAAAGCAUCUUCUACAAGCGAGAGUUUCUCAAAGGAACGGACGCGGAGGACGCUUGGCUAAACCCGGAAGCAGGAAAAACAUUUCGAGAAGACAAGAAGAACUUCCUCGAGAAGGUCAAGGCGUGCGUCGAAGAGUCUCAAGCCAAAGUGUAUGACAAGGAGGAAAACUUUGUGUUCAAUUUUUCUGAGUUUCACCGUGAGAAGAAGCCUAUCAUUCAGGCUCUGAGCGUCCUUUCCCACGACAUCACCUGCGUUGACCCCAAAGAAAUUUUCAUUAACUGGUUUCUUGGGGAGUGGUCAAAUUCAGAGUUUGGGUCGGGAGGCAGUACUGGCGCCAACCUCUUCAACGCCGAAUGAGCUCAGCGAAUAAUUAUCCGAAGCAGGUCUCUCGGUACGUUUUCAUGUGAUUCUCUACAGUAGAUGCCGACUUGUACAUAUUUACGGAUGCGUACAUACCAGUUCAUCUCCGCAGCAGCCGGAGCAACGAGAUUUUUUUCAGUUGAGCCUUUCUGUGUUAUGUGGCAUCCUAGCCACCAUUCUGCGACUCUGGUGUUAUUCCAUUUGGCUUACGGCAUGGUAGCCGUAUCAGAACUGUCUCUAAAAAACUCUGCAGGUUU